AAUUGUUACUCAGGGACACAGAACCUUUACUUAGGGCCACAGAAACGUUACUCAGGGGACACAGAAUUGUUACUCAGGGACAGACACAGAAUUGUUACUCAGGGACACAGAAUUGUUACUGAGGGACACAGAAUUGUUACUGAGGGCCACAGAAUUGUUACUCAGGGACACAGAAUUGUUACUGAGGGACACAGAAUUGUUACUCAGGGACACAGAAAUUGUUACAUAGGGACACAGAAUUGUUACUGAGGGACACAGAAUUGUUACUCAGGGACAGACACAGAAUUGUUACUGAGGGCCACAGAACUGUUACUUAGGGCCACAGAAACUGUUACUUUAGGGGCCACAGAAACAAUCGUUUGCUGAGUAUGUCAGACACAUGCAGAGGAGGGGCAGAGGAGGCAAUGUUUUAGGAGGCGAGCAGACGUGGCAGCAGAGGAAGGGGUCGAGGCAGC